UCACGCGAUGAUAUUUACGAUGAUACAUACGAUCGAGUAAAGAGAGUAAGGGAGCUGCGACAGGGAUUUGAAAGGCGAUCGGUUGGUGUUGGCCGUAGGACAACCGGUAGCCCGGCGAACAAACCAGCAACAUCGGCGGGUGGAAGCGGCGCGGUGGGAGCAAGUGGAUCGAGUGGCGGCGCAAGCGGUUCUACGUCGAGCGGUCCAACCGCGGUGGCCAGCGGAUCCGGAUCUGGCGGCGUCUCUGGCAUCGGAAAUGCGAACGCAGGGACGAGCGGGAUCGGCGCUGGGGUGAACGCAGCUUCCCUCGGCGGGACUGGCAGCGUGGCCGAGCCUCGUACUCCAACUGCUGGAGUUCAAAACAAGCAACUGCAAAAUGUGAAAGGGGAUCACCCGUCGAAAGCGUUUCUGCAGAACAGAUCGAUGUCUUUGGUAGACAUGUACAUCGAUAAUUCGGAACCCAGCGAGAACGUUGGUCAAAUACACUUCAGCCUGGAAUAUGACUUUCAAAAUACUACGCUUAUCUUACGUAUUAUACAGGGUAAAGAUUUGCCGGCGAAGGAUUUAUCUGGAACGUCCGAUCCUUACGUCCGCGUAACCCUUCUGCCGGACAAGAAACACCGAUUAGAGACAAAGAUAAAGAGACGCACGCUGAAUCCUCGAUGGAACGAAACGUUUUAUUUCGAAGGUUUCCCGAUUCAAAAGUUACAAAGCCGAGUGCUACAUUUACAUGUGUUCGACUACGAUCGAUUUUCCAGGGACGAUUCUAUCGGAGAGAUGUUUCUUCCGCUAUGUCAGGUGGAUUUUUCGGACAAGCCGUCAUUUUGGAAAGCAUUGAAACCACCGGCGAAGGAUAAAUGCGGAGAGUUAUUGUGUUCUUUGUGUUAUCACCCGAGCAAUUCCGUACUCACUUUGACGCUGUUGAAAGCGAGAAACUUGAAAGCGAAAGAUAUUAAUGGGAAAUCAGAUCCCUAUGUGAAAGUUUGGUUGCAAUUCGGAGACAAGAGGAUCGAAAAACGAAAGACACCUAUAUUCAAAUGCACGCUGAACCCGGUGUUCAACGAAGCGUUCUCAUUCAACGUGCCGUGGGAGAAAAUUCGAGAAUGUUCGUUGGACGUAAUGGUGAUGGACUUUGAUAACAUCGGUCGUAACGAGUUGAUCGGACGGAUUCAACUUGCAGGGAAAAACGGCAGUGGGGCGAGCGAAACGAAACAUUGGCAAGACAUGAUUACAAAGCCACGGCAGACGAUCGUCCAAUGGCAUCGACUAAAACCAGAGUAAAGGUUCGAACGUACUUAUAUAUGUACACUACAAGCACAUUGGUUAAUCGUCGAUCAAACCUUGACCUGUAAUAUCGAGAGUACCUUUCUGAUUCUCGAAUCCCCUUCAACUUUGAUACUUUUUUUUUUCUCCUUUUCCUCUUUCGUCAUUUCUUUUCUCUUCUUUCCCUUUUCCCUCUUUUUUUCUCUGUCUUUCUUAUUAUUCUUCUCCUUCUCUUUGUCUUUUCAAUGUUUUUUUCCCCACUUCCAACAUCGCACAAAAUUUGUCGAGAUCCACCCCCGAAGUGUUUAAGAAUCUGUAAAAACAUGAUUUCACGGUCGCUUGUUAUACUUUCGAUUCGCGCACUUGUCACAGUGACCCAAGCGGCAAAAUACAUAGGAAGCCAGCUUCUGAACUAACGUAAUUCCCUACGUGACUUUUCGUUUGGUUUUACGCGACACGACGUUCUUCCGGUAUAGGAGAGCACGGAGGAAAUCGACGAACAUUAUUUUAGCUUCUUUAUUUUUCCUCGAUUGGUCUUUCGGUUGGCUGGAAGAGAGAACGGAGAAAAGGUCGAGCGUCCAUAUCGAGCGAUAGAAAAUCCCCCUUUUUUUUUCCCCAGGAAUACACGACGGAAACAAGAGUGUAGAGUCUCGUUUCGCCGAUGCAGAAAGCUCUUUCCGCGCGUUACGACCGAACCAUUCUCUCCAACGCAACGUCGAUACUACUUCCUGUUCUUUGUUCUUCUCUUUUCUUUUUUCUUUUUUUUCUUUUUCCUUCGUGCACGACAACGACUCACGACGAAUAUAAUAUCCGUAUUCACCUCCCUCGCGCGAACGAUAACGAGCUCGUUCUCACGCGAGAUCGUGUGCCGCAAUGUUUGAAUAUAAACCGUGUACGUUUCGAGCGAACGACGAGACGCUCGAAACCACGACCGAUCGAUAUUACUUUUUGCGACUCUAUUGACAUUUAACAUCGAACGUUAUUUUUAUGACUGUUUUGCACGAGUAAUUACGUACCGAGUACGUAAUGCCGUUGCUUCGGAACACGUUGACGCGACACACGGCGUCAACCUCGUCCCUGUCUCCCCCGUAUAUCCAUCCGGUGUCUUUCGAUUCCACCCGCGAACCGGUAUCAGAGCGUUUACGACAGAAACAAGAAACGCGUGCACGCCUACCAAUCUCUCCCGGGUACGUUUGCGUCUAUUUAGACGCUUGCUAUUCUGUAUCUCCUUUCUCGAAAGUCAAUUCCUCGAUUUCUCACGAUGUGUCGAGCCGAACGUUCAACUUCAUGUAGAUUAGCAUUAUUUCCCUCGGUUCUCGAUCGAACGUAGAACCGAGAUCGGCGAUCUCUUCUUCUUCGUCCUUUUUUUUUUUUUUUUAUAUUUGCGUUUCCGACAUCUCGCGUACACUCGAGAGCCGGGCAGCUCUUCUUCUUCCAAUUUUUUCCUCCCUUCCCGUUUUCUUCCAUCUUUUUUCUUUCUUCUUCUUUUUUUUUCUUCUUUUCUCCUUCGUUGGUUACUCGGUAGCGUGUAAUUGCUCUCAUCGCGUGCGAUUGAACGGAACGAGACACCGGAGUAUAAUAUUGAAUUCUUACAAGUAGAAAAACCAUAAAGCAGCGAUAUUUUUGACGGAAUUUUUGUAUCGACCUAGUCGGAAAUCUUUUGAAAGCGAUAAAAAUUGUGAUCGGUGUUACACCUUGAAUUAAUCUUAAGCGUUACAUUCGAUAGUUUUGCUGUUGUUGACGAUAAACACGUAGAGAUAUCCCCGAGAUGAAAAAAAAAAGAAAUGAAAAAUAAAAAAAAAAAAAACGAGGCGACGAUUUGCAGGUUUUGCAUACAUUAUACAUAUACAUAACGUAUAUUUGCGUUCGACAAAAAAAAAAGAAAAAAAAAAAAGAAAAAAGUGUGCGUGUACAUGUGCGUUUGCAUAUACGUGUCCGUAUCUGUGUGCGCAGCUGCGUGUAUCUCGGUUGUAUAUGUGUUGUAGUGCGACGAAUGUGCGGUGCGUCGUGAAACGAAAGUAAAACACAAAAAGUAAAAAGAAAAAAAUGAAAAAGAGAAAAAAAAAAAAAGUACCGAAGAGUGGUAGAAGUAGUUGUUGGGCAAAGCGAGGGGCGUCGCGUAGCGUGUUUAGCGUAGCGCUUUUAGGUUUACAAGCGUAGAUGCGGAAACUCGCGGCUGGAAAGCGUCGUACUCGAUGUCGCGACAAAAGAUACUUACAUAUACGCUCCGUGCAGCGUGGUCGACGAAUAUUUUUACAUUCAAUGGUUUUACAAGCUAACGAAUAGCUAGAGAGAAUAGUCGAGUGUGAAUAAAAGAGGAAAAGA